UGACAUACUGAGCAUCUUAUAGCUUUCCAGCUGAUCUUAAAUAAUCACUUUAAUAGUUUAAUAUUAGUUUAAUAUUAUUCAGGCUGAAACAGGUUCCUCUGAGACUUCUGAAGAUUCUGCAGUCAUGAACGAGUCAGCGUUGGACCGGUACUUUGAUCAUUUCAUCCAAAAGGACUCCUCCAAGAUGGAGGAGAUGGAGGUGAAUGAAGAGUUCUUCUGUCUUCUGCCGGAGGAACUCGUGACGCUGAACAAAGACGACCCAGGCAGCAGCAGCAGUUUGGACUGCAGCUCCCAGAAUCCCACAGCAGCGGCCAUGGCUGGAUCGUCCACGUCGAUGCUGGAGGAUCGUCCCACGACCCUCGUGACGUCUGUGACACAUCAACAAGAAUUCCUCCCACAGAUACAGAACAUCAUCUGUACGGUGAAUCUGGGCUGCCAGCUGGACCUGCACCUUAUUGCUUGCAAAGCGUGGAACGUUGAAUACAAUCCAAAGGUUUAUAAGGCGCUCAUCAUGAGGCUCCGCGAGCCGCGAACCACAGCUAUGAUCUACAAAAAUGGGAAUUUGGUCUGUUUGGGAGCCAAGAGCGUGGCGCAGGCACGGCUGGCGGCCAGGCGGCUCGCCCGCAAAGUGCAGAAGCUGGGCUUCCCCGUCCGCUUCCUGAACUUUAAGAUCCAGAACAUGACGGCCAGCUGCGACACCUUCACAGUCAGUUUGGAGCAACUGGCCCUCCAAGAACACUGCAGUUAUGAAGCAGAACUGUUUCCUGGCCUCUUCUACAGUGGCAUCCCCAACCUCUCUAUUGUCAUCUUUGCAUCCGGCAAGAUGUCUUUGGUCGGAGCGACAACGGACGCUCAGAUCUAUGAAGCUCUUGGUAUCAUCCGUCCAAUCCUGAGCCGCUUCAGGAGGCACUAACCUAACGAGAGACAGACUCCUGAUUUGUUCAUUUUAAAACUUGUGUUAAUA